GGGCAGCCUGAGUCACUGGUUACUUCCUACUUGUAGUUUCUAACACACUGAUCACAAGGCUUGGGGUGGUUGUUGUACUCCUCCUACGUCGUCUGUACACACAGCUGAGCCCCACACCAAGGAGACAGAGACACACAGAUCCUCCAUCCAUCCCAGCAACCUUCUCCGGUUUUAACCAUGGCCCAGGCUCCUACAGGUGAUGAAUUUCGGCCAGUGGAAUUGGGAAAGCAAGAACCUUGUGUCACUCCGGACACAGGGAGAAAGCCGGGACAAGAGGAAAAAGCGCACUCACAAAAUACAGACACUAAUCAAUCCGACAAACAGUUUCUUCUGAGAAAGUUCUUUGUUGCCAGGCCAGGUGCGUUUGACCAGGCACUUGAAGAUUUAACCAAUCAGAUCUUAUCAAAAGAGAAGGAGACGGUUAGCAGUGCUUGGCUUCUAACAGAAAUUGAUCAUUGGAACAAUGAGAAAGAACGAGUUGUACUAAUAACAGAAAAUACUCUUUUUAUCUGCAAGUAUGACUUCAUCAUGCUAUGCUGCCAGCAGAUUCACAAAGUUCCUCUCAACUACAUAGAUCGGAUAUGUAGUGGCGCUUUCAUCUUUCCACAGAAGUCCCUAGACAAAAGGGAAGGAGAAGGUCUUCGCAUCCAUUGGGACAAACUGCGUGAAAUUCCCUUUUUCUCCCGAUGGAAUCCUGUAUCCAGUGAUAUACCCUACACUACUUUUAUUGAUCACCCACUGAAGAACUACUCUGAGCAAUUUACUUUUAUUUGUCAGCUGUCUAGCUUUUCCGAUCAUCUAACCAAAGCUGUGCAAGAAGCUCACAAGAUAAAUCCUGUGCCAGGCCGAGCCAAUGGAGCCCUUGUUCUAAACCAGCCUCUUUUAAUUGAGACAUAUGUUGGCUUGACAUCCUUCAUUGGAAACCGCAACAAGCUUGGUUAUUCACUUGCGAGAGGCAGUGUUGGCUUUUAAGUACAUUUAGUGUAAAUGUAUAUUUUUUUCGUACAUCAGAAAUGUUCUCCAUGCUUCCUAUUUGUUUUUUUAAUAAAGGGGUUGUAGAGGUUUGUUUUUUAUUUUCUAAAUAGGUUCCUUUAAGCGAGUGCAU